AUGAGGGGGGAGGAGGUGGGUGAUGAUGAGGGAGGGGAUGAGGUGGGUGAGGAUGAGGGAGGGGAGGAGGUGGGUGAGGAUGAGGGAGGGGAGGAGGUGGGUGAUGAUGAGGGAGGGGAUGAGGUGGGUGAGGAUGAGGGAGGGGAGGAGGUGGGUGAUGAUGAGGGAGGGGAGGAGGUGGGUGAGGAUGAGGGGGUGAUGAUGAGGGAGGGGAGGAGGUGGGUGAGGAUGAGGGAGGGGAGGAGGUGGGUGAUGAUGAGGGAGGGAGGAGGUGGGUGGGGGAUGAGGUGGGUGAUGAUGAGGGAGGGGAGGAGGUGGGUGAGGAUGAGGGAGGGGAGGAGGUGGGUGAAGGAUGAGGGAGGGGAGGAGGUGGGUGGGAUGAGGGAGGGAGGGGAGGGGAGGUGGGUGAGGAUGAUGAGGGAGGGGAGGAGGUGGGUGAGGAUGAGGGAGGGGAGGAGGUGGGUGAGGAUGAGGGAGGGGAGGAGGUGGGUGAGGAUGAGGGAGGGGAGGAGGUGGGUAAGGAUGAGGGAGGGGAGGAGGUGGGUAAGGAUGAGGGAGGGGAGGAGGUGGGUGAUGAUGAGGGAGGAGGUGGGUGAGGAUGAGGUGGGUGGAUGGUGA